AUGGAAACAAAGGACCUAAAAACGCAUCGCAGCGGUCAAAUGCAUAUAAAACCCUAUGAAGAGUUGAUGGUGAAUCAAAUUUUAGGUAAGAAUAUGAUACUCGAGCACAUUGCUGCUGCAGCAAGCAAGCUUAAAGCGAGCGACGCAUCUCGAAGCCUUUCUAACGCAUUGCAUUCGGGUUGUGCGCAGUAGGAUCCGGACAGCGACCUUCAAUAUAUCUGGAGCGAGAAUUCUAGUCCAAAAAGUAAAGGCUUGACCCAAAGAAAUUGAAGAGCUAUUGGACGUGAGGCCAGUCCUUUACGAAGUUGCCAGUAGUGUAUUGAAAUUUUGUAUUUUGACUUCGAUUUUAAGACUAAUACUAGAAAAUACACGCAUGCAGAAACCCUCGCCUUGCUGACAAAACCAUUGUAUUUUCCGAACAUGAAAUAUUUAAAGUAGUUUUCAUAGUAACACGAUAAUUUUAUUAAGAAUAGUUAUAGUUUACAAUUCAAAAAUCCCCUAACAAUAUCACUUUUCAUUACAAAUUACCGCUUUCUGAAAAAGGUAUCAAUUUUCCGCGCGUACAAUACGAAAUGACUGAAAAACGGCAAACUUCGCAGAGCUAUAUUAUCCGCAUUUACGACAUUUCGCAACGAAACCUCGGAAUACUACUAAUUUUGUGAUGCUCUUUCAAGCCGUGAUGGAAUUUUGUCCAGACUUGUCUAGAUCAAAAUUUUGUUCAUUAGGUAAUAGGCCAUUAAAUUAAUUCUUCCAAUUUUCGAACAUUUGCAUGAAUGCUGAUUGCCUAUAAGGGAAACAUAUGGGCAUCGUGAUUAAGUCUGCAAACUUCUAUUGUAGUCUAGUGUUUUAAACACUAAAUUGUAGGGCAAAUCACUUCUAAGAUUACUUGAUUAAAACUCGCUAGCAUGCGAAUGUGUUGCCGACAGUAAUGGUAUAAACUUAUCUCACUAGGUACAACGAGAUCAAACGAACCUCUUCAAGCCGUUGUUGAAAACCAACUUAACGAAUUUGCGUUGAAAGAGGAAGACAACAGUAUUUUAGAACGAAACCGGGCAUUGCUUCAGUACUCCGCGACAAUCGCGAAUUCCAAUAGUUCUAAAGAUGAAUUCAAUUAUGAAUUUGUUGAGUCGCUUGUGAAAGGAGGUGCUGAUAUGAACAUUGCUGACCAACAUGGACAAACUAUUUUUCACGAGGUUGCUCGCUCAUGGAACACAGAUAUCGCAUAUUUUCUGAUACACCUUGGUAAGAAAUGUAAAAUAUUAUUAUUACACAUCAUUAGAUAUUUAUGCAUAGCAAUUCGGCCAAUCAUAAUGACAUAUGGUGUAAUUUACAUCACGUGUAUCUGUCUCACUGUCUGGAUACCCCGUCUACACUGCACGUAAAAACGCACAAGUUGCAACAAACCUGCAGCAGACGCUGUUCCAACAACUUGUCAACAGGUGUGUUUACACUGCUUGUUCCCAGCUUGUUGACAAGUCGUCACUAACGGCUUGCCGACAACUUGCUACAAGGUUGUUGAGCUCAACAAACUUGUUACAAAUUGUUCAAAACACUUGUUAUCGUCCUGCAAUUCAACAAUUUGUCAACAAGUUGUGAGUGACAACCUUGUAGCAACUUGAUAAAAUAACAGCAUUGUUACAACAUGUUGACAAGCUUGCUACAAGCCUGUUGCGAAUACAUCUUGUUGACAAGUUGUGAGAUUUUUACGUGUGUAGACCAGGAUUUCAAUUACUUCAAGUGAGAAGGGCUUUGAACAAUAGGGAAAUUGUGGGGAAACACAAGUUUAUGCAAACGUAUUUAGAAUAACUUCUAAAUACAAAAACAUUCAAUCACACUUCAAACAACAAAAUAUGUUUAUGUUGUAAGUUACACACUUACACAGUUUCAGCCUGGUCAUUUUCUUCUAGAUAUCGCUUCAACAAGCAUAUAUAAUUUGGUAUACUGUACUCCCGAGAUAUAGCUUGCCAUCCUUGUCACAAACGUCUUGAACAAAGUUUGACAAGCCAGAAGUUUUUAAACGUUAAAACGUUCUUGCCGUCAUUGAACACAAAUCUGUCUCUAAAUUUUGCAAAUUCUGUAAAUCUAAGCAGAAAGGAUUGCUUUCACACAUAACUUAAACUGCUUUAUUUUCUCGCCCACUUUGCCAAACUUCAAAUACGAACCCCUUAAUGAUUUUUAUAACGCGUUGUUUGUGGAAUAGCAUUGCGGACGUUGUCCAUAAUACUUCUAUCCACUCCUUGAGGACCUCGAAAUCUUCUCUUUUUGCAAGUAGAUGUCAUGCCUCCUUCGAAGGCGAACAAAUACUAACAGUAGUCUGAGCAACAACGCCUUUAAUUCGUUCCAUCGUUGCGCAUUCCCUUGAAUGAACAACUUAAUUCCUUAUUGUUACUUCCUCAAUCUAUGAAUAUCUAAUGAUGUGUGAUGAGCCAUUUCAAAUCCUCGUUGGUGUUUUAGACUUGGCUUCCAAAUCCCAAAGUGUGACGAACAAUGGCUCCAUUGUUCGUGGCACUUGGAUUUAGAAUCCACGUCUAAAACACCAACUAGGAUUUGAAAUAUUACUUAUCGUAUUUCCUCUAUUUAGAGGCACUGAAAAAAUAAUAAUAAUAAGUCCCCACCCUCUAUUUACACCAUGAUGACCUAAUGUUCUUAUAAUAAUGUUCACUGAUAAUGCUGUGUCCUUAUAUAACUCUCACUGAAAUGGCCAAAUAAAUGUGAAUUGUAUGAAAAUUUCUCCAAAUAUUUCCCUAUAAUAAGAAGGGGUCUACGUACAUACAGGAAAAACAGUGUGUGUUUAUUAUAUGGAUAUAUCGAUGAAAAGGCUGGAUUAUAUUUCUGUCCUUCUGCAAGACGUGAUUAAUAACGUUUUUAGCUCAGUUUGCAAGUCAGCUAAAGUCAGACUAAGAAGGGUUUUGUUGUGAAUUUUCCCAGUCAAAUUUGGCGGUAUAUCAUGCAUAGCUAAAUAAGUCUCCAUUUUCUGGGUUGUGUCUCUAGCAUUGACGUCAAAAAAGAUAAAGCACAAAUGUUUUGCUACUUCGUUCUUGUCUCUAACUCGUGUCCACUUAUAUGAUCGGCUCAGAGAUGACGCGAAUUACCUUAAGUUUGUCUAAACAUCAUAAAGGUUUGUUUGGAAAAUGCACUCUCUUAAGAUUAUGACUCACUUUAAUUUUAAAAACAGAUGCAGCCACAGCCUCUCUCACUGAUGCAUUUGUAACCUUAAAAACCUUUUACUACAUUGAUCUAGGCAUAAGAGUGAUAAGACGGUAUGAGUAAUUCACCAUUUACGCCAACACUGAAAAGGAUGGGAAAGGAUUGGUCAAUUUUUGCCCUAAAUAAAUUAUCUGUGAAAGUGUUUAUAUUUGCAGUCACAGUUUUAUAAUAUACACCACCAAACAUUUGGCCAAGAAAUGGCUUUAAAGAAUACCUCUACUGUAUAGACUAUUAAUUUAAACAAAACUUUUCGGCUUUCUCCGAGUUUGGCGAAACGGCAGCUUCGUUUAGUACAAAAAUGUGCUCGUCUGCAAAAGGAACGAAACGAGACCGAAGCUAUUUUGUUUUAAGUCCCCGGUAGGUGAAUUGUUCGCAAAAUAACUAUUAAAUAUUCAGACAUUUUGGUAUUGUUUACAAAGGUGGUGAUGUCAACAAGCAAGACAAUUUUGGACGCAGUCCUCUCCAUGUGGCAUCUGCUGUUGAUUACGUAGAGAUGACGGAGUUUCUUUUACUUAACAACGCAGAUAUCGACUCCAAGACGUACGGCGAAAUCCAAGCUCCAAUCCAUUACGCUGCAAAAAAUGGCGCCACUCGAUCAUUGAAGAUGUUGUUGAGUUUCCACGCGAAUAUAGAUACACUGGAUGCGAAACAAAGGACUCCAUUGCAGGUACAAGCUUUAAAGUCGUGCUAUAUAUAUUUAUCACACAGUAAUUCUUUCUUUUAGUUUAGUACCAGAUGUAUCUGUAUGUGAAACAGAUGAAACUUAAGAUAUAAGCUUUUAUUUUGCAGAUUGCCUCAUCUUGAUUCUAUCAUAAUUUAAUUUUAAAAGCUUAAUUUAAUUUAAAAAUAUUUAUUUUGCGCUAAAGCUACAAAUAUUCUAAAGUGUACUUUACAAUAAUAACAUUAGACAUAUUUAGAUCGAGGACGCGGAUGUCAAAGACGACGUGAAAAUGGCGUCAAAAUGGCGUGGCAUAUCCAUACAUGGGCACAACCCAUUUUCACGUCGUCUUUCUUUGACGUCCGCGUCCUCGAUCUAAAUAUGUCCAAUAGACAUGCAGGUAUUAUAAAAUUACAAUAUCACGUAUCUAUUACAGGAAAGUUAAAAAAUGUAUCAUAAACUUAUUAAGAGCUAUACAGGUAUGUAAAAGGUUUUCUUAAACAAAUAAUUCUUCAAAAGUUUCUUAAAAGAGGACACAUUAGAAGAUUAUCUUAUAUUUAAGGGUAAACCGUUCCAAGCAACAGGUCUAGCUUCAAAGAAUUAGUCCCCCAAAGUCUUGCAAGUUGUUCUUGGGACCACAAGUAUAGCUUCUGUUAGUUGGAUCUUAAACAAUAAGGACCAGCCAUUAACCGAAGCACACGUUCCAGAUAAAUGGGUGCCUCACCGUGUCAGUAGUACUUUGAAAGCGAUCGCAGCCCAUAAUAGGGACCCCAUAAUAGGGGCCCCACAAUUGGAGAUUAUAUCUGUGGCUAGUCCCUGCCCGAAUUGUAUGUAAAUUUUGUAAAGUAUAUAGUCUUAUUUCUGUCUGUUAUGUUUGGCGAAUCUUGUAAAAAAAAGGAGCAAUUUUAUAAACCACGCGGUAGCGAACUGGCAACCAAUGAUGUUUCCUUAAGACGGGCGUGUAAUAUGCUCACACUUGGGAACAAGACAAACUACUCUAGCAGCAGCUUUCAGAAAAUAUGCUGCAAUCGAUUAAACGGAUACGGAGGUAUACCAUACAGAGAGCGACCAAAACAUGGAUAAGUAUUUUAGUUCGGUCAGGGGAAAAUAAUUCUAAUAAACUGCGAAAUGCCCUGCUACAAACUUAAUGGUCACUGUAUAGAUAGUUGCUGUCUGGAACAGAUUAUCAAGAACUUAGUCAUGGUGUCAUUAAUUAACAAUCUAUGCGUAAUUAGGUCAGGCUCAAACAUCGACUAUGUAUAUUCCUCCAUUGAAUUCAUGGGAUCUUCAUGGGAAAACAAAGAAGUACUGUAGGUUUGAAAAGAUGCAUAGUUGAGUAUCGUAUGCAAAUCCGUGGGCAGAAUGAAGAUGCUUUGAUGAUGCUUUUAAAUAUGUCAGAAGCGUAGAGAAGAAAUAGAAUAUUGUUGUGGACUUUUAACAGGGCGGUCUCGGUAGAGUGAAACGUCCGAUAGGAAGAUUUAGUGGAACAGUGAUCUUAGAGUUAAUAGAACUAGGAUGAGGUUAAAAAUUUUAUAUAGAAUUUUCAAACCGAGGUCUGAAUAAUUAACAAUUAUCAACCGAUUAGUGGAGGUUAAUAAUGCAAGCAACCAAUCCAAUUGCGCGAAAGCACCAUCCACCUCCCGUGUAUGUGCUAAUUCUGGAUAUUAUACGUAAGCAGAAUGCAAUAAUUGUUUUAUUAUACGUUGAAAAGUACAAGCGAGAAAGACAAGACUGGCUGCCGGUGGAAAAGAUGCAAUAAAUUAAUUUCCGAGUUAUAGUUCCAUAUAUCUGCUGCGCUAUUAUAUCUGAAUGCCGGACUGUGUUCAUUUUUAGCAUUUUGACAGAUCAAUUGAUUAAGUGAACAGUGAACAGUGAGCAGUGAAUAGUGAAUAAUGACUGUUGAACUGUUUACAACUGUUUCCUUCUUUCCAUUAAGGUCGCUGCAGAAUGGGGCCGAGGCAAAACGGCAAAAAUCUUGAUCGCAGAAGGAGCAGCUUGUUGUUUAUUGGACAUAACGGGUAACUCUGCACUGUGCGUGCUCAUUGAACAUCUACCAAAUCUCGCAGUCGAAGCUCUUAACCAAUUGCAUAUUUCUGAUGUGAUUACAUCGCGUGAAUACUACUAUUUACAGCAUCUCGAAACUUCGCGGCAAAAAGUUGAAACGAAAACAGUGAGAACUCCUCUCGAAACCGCUGUGGCUAAUCGCAAAUACGAAGUAGUAACGCAUCCGGUUAUGCAGAGGCUGGUGCAUAACAAGUGGAAACAAUAUGGCUGGUUUUCAACCGCUGUUCACUUGCUUUUUCACGUUGCUUUUGGCAUCGCAUGGACGGUGUUUUCUAUAGGUACUCCAAGACAUGGAAAAGAAGUUUACAAUGAAUUCGUGGAUAGAGUUUGGAAAAUUACUCUUGGCGUUACUAUUCUCCUUAUGACUCUGUAUGACAUUGGAAAACAUGUUCAAGGUCAGUAUUGUUCUCCACAUCAAAAUGGAUCCCGGUAUAAUUUAUCCAUACAUUCACGCUAUCUAUAAUUCGUACUUGAAACAUGCGGUGAAGUCAAUCCUCUCCCCUGAUAAAUAGCCGUAGGGUUUUGUAGUGAAAUAAGAGUGGCUGUAAUCUUUCGACAGCCUCGAUUUACAUACAGAUCAGCGGUCGAUUAUUUGCUUACGAGCUCUACAGAUAUGAUUGUAGGACGAGUGAAUUAUUCAGCCAAUAAUUAUAGAACAAUCAUUGCUGUGAGCUUGUUGUGUAUGCAAGCUAAAGAUUGGUCUUUGAAUCAUAAGGAGAGCUGUCCAUACUUUGAUUUGCCACAACCCACUUGAUGAGGUUAAACUAAAUCAAAACGCCCUAUUAGCAGUGUUGUGAAUGUUACAUGAUUUUAAACUAGUUACAUUUACAGUUAUAACAUCAGAAAAAUAACUAUAUGGUUACCGAGAAAAGUCAUGAUGGAAUGAAGUAACUAGUUUACCUAUAGUUACAAAGUUACCUUAAGAAUUUUGGAACUACUAGUAGUUACCAAUUAAGUUACAACUAUUCUUAGACGAGAGUAUCCUAGACAUAAAAAAAUCGCUAUCUAUGUGGAAUAUAGUAUACAGCAUGAAAUUGAGCGGCCAUGUUGUAGCGGAUAAGUACAAAUCGGUUCGUGGAGAGGUUGCGUGUCUGACAGAACACAAACGUGCAUGCUCUAUAUAGCUUGUGAAACGUAAGCAUUCCAAUAGUUGUGUUAUUAGAAAUAAUUAUAAGAAAUUAUUCAAGAAGUGAUUUUAACUGAGAAAAUCUAGGAAAUAGUUUAUGCAAAUCGGGAAAAUUUUGUAUAUAUGCAUGGAAAAACAUUUCAUUUCUUCAUAAUUAUUAAUAAGUUCUACAAUAUCGUAUGUACACGCGUUUACAUAAGCAGUUAUUAAAACAAUCCAAAAAAGUGAUUGAACUACACCUUUUUACUCGACGAUCUAACGGGUAAAUUAAACUUGAAAAUCAACCGAGAUGGCGCCCAAAGACAAGUAUACUGACGUCAUUUACCAGAAAAAAUUAGAUUAGCAAGUUUUUGUAUUACUAUCAUGCAACAUACCUGGCUUUUUAACACUUUCCCAAUUUAGCUACGUUCAAGUCACGAAGAUCUCAAAGAAAUUGGAUCAGAUGGAAAAUGGAACAACUUGAAUACGACUUGAAGUAUUGCCAUCCAAGGUGGCCGCAGGAGAAGAAAUUCGUGAAAACCGAAAUGAAGAGAGUGCGUGCCUUGCCUUUGUUUGAUGCUUACGAUGCUUGGUUUUAUGUGGACUGGAUUAUUUUGUUUUUGAUCGUUGCUACCAUUGCUACACACUUCGUGUUUCUCUACCUGGACACGACGGCCACGUGGUACAUCUAUACUCGGACAAUAAGUAUUAUGAAUCUUCUCGUUUGGUUGCGUUUGUUGAAGUUUGUACGUCCUUUUCCAGGCAUCGGGACUUUGGUUUUGAUCCUUUCCGAGACUAUGGGGGAUUUUAUGAAUUGGGCAUUCUUGUUCUUUUUAAUCAUGGUACCAUUCGCCGCUUCUUUCUGGAUAAAUUUUGGUCCUCGUUCCAUACAUCCUGUUCACGGGUAUCAUACGACUGGCGAACUGCUUUAUCGUAUUUUCCAGAUAGCCGUCGGGGAUGAUUUUAACUUGGAGGAGAUUGUAGCAGCAGACGCAGUUGUAGCGCGAAUACUUGUUGUACUCUAUGUUACUGCAAUGACCAUCGUCACGUUGAAUUUACUUAUUGCGUUGCUAAGUGAUACGUUUACCCGGGUAUACAGCAAUGCGGUUUCCAACACUAUCAUGCAGAGAGCCAUAAAAAUUGUCGAAUCCGAACGGUGCCUGACGAAGAGUCAAAAAUCACACUACAAGGAAUACAUGAGAAUGAACUGCAGUCCUGAAAUUAUCAAAAUACAGGUGGCACUAUGGAACAAAGGUGAAGAAAGCAAGGCAAUCGAAACGGAAGUUUAUGAUGAUAUCCUCAAUGCAAAGAGUAUUUUGAAUGACCGUUGUGGGAAAAUAUACGGCAAAGACAAGACGUCAGAUUUUGAUGGCUUUAUAAAAGAUGUUCGGAAAAUUUGUCAACAUGAUGAUGAUAUGGCGAGUGACUUGGAAGAAAUUAGAAAGAUGUUGAACCUUGGUACUUCAGGUAAUUGAAUGUUUGUUUUUCAAAAGUAUUGUUCUAUUUGUAGAUGAUAACAUGGUUCAAAUGCAAUUUGGAUAGAAUCGAUGCACGAGCUGAGUGAGUUUUUCAAACUAAGACAAUCAAAAUAGCACAAGCCGCAAACUUUGCUAUUAUACUUUUUAAUCGCCGAACACGCGCGAGUUCCGCAGCGAGGCGUGCAGGGUACUAUUUCAGCUUGGCUAUUUACACGCGUGGGCCGAAAAGAGAAAAAGAAAUACAGUGGGUUAGAAAGUUCAUCCGGUUAUUUCACUGAUGACUGAUCUCAAAAAGAUGGUGUUGACAAAUUCAGACUGUCUGAAUUUGUCCUGAAGUAGAAACAGCAGUUUAAUGGUGUUGUGAGGUUUUGAGAAAUUGUUGACUGAUUUCUCGCAGCUAUAUGAAUAUCCUCAUGCAUUUGUUUAAAUUUCUCACAAAAAUUGGUGAGGGUUGGGUGCGGUAGAGAUAAUAACGGGGGGGGGGAGUUAUGAACCAUUUUUGCACUCUGGUGUAGAGCUUUACAAGUGUUAGGGGAGUUAGCAUAUUGAUUAAUGAUAUUGAGUGUCAACUUUAUUAGUUCAGUAGCAAACAAGUAAUACUAUCCCCUUCUAACCACCUUAACAUGAAAAUGACCACACGUAACAACACGUAACAAUACAUGUAACAAAAAUUUCCUCUUGGAUUUAAGGAAUUUUACACACGUAACAACACGUAACAGCACGUAACAAAAAUUUUUUUAAAUAGUAUUAUAAUAUUAUUUAAAAAAAUAUUUGUUACGUGUUGUUACGUGUGUAAAAUUUCUUAAAACCAAGAAGAAAUGUUUGUUACAUGUAUUGUUACGUGUUGUUACGUGUGGUCAUUUUCAUGUUAAGGUGGUUAGAAGCGGAUAGUAUUACUUGUUUGCUACUGAACUAAAAAAGUUGACACUUAAUAUCAUUAAUUAAUAUGCUAACUCCCCUAACACGUGCAAAGCUCUAAACUGGAGUGCAAAAAUGGUUCAAAACUCCGCCCUGUUAUUAUCUCUACCGCCCCCAACCCUCACCAAUUUUUGUGAGAAAUUUAAACAAAUGCAUGACGAUAUUCAUAUAGCUGCGAGAAAUCAGUCAACAAUUUCUCAAAACUUCACAACACCAUUAAACCGUUGUUUCUACUUCAGGACAGAUUCAGACAAUCCUGUGCAAAAAGUUUUGGAAAAUGCAUUUAUCCGCAGUUUCUCAGUGAUAUAUGAAUUGUUCUUCCCCCCUUCCCCCAUAUCAAUGUUGAAAAUUGUUAUUUUUGUGUUGCACAAGGUAGUGCUGUCAAGAUAAUCAACAUUCCUAACGGGGGGAGGGGAAAGAAAACAGAGAAUGACAGAAAAAAUGUUUUCCAAAACAUUUUUGCACAGGAUUGUAGUUCUUUUGUGUGUUUUGCUUUUCCAAAUGGAAAUUAUUGGGAGGGGGGCUCAAUUAUCCUCACUUGUUCCUUUGUUCCAGAAGCUUCCACGUUCCCUAGUUCCCUAUGAUAUUUUUGGUAUUGUUCCCUUAUUUCCAUGCAAUAUAGUCAUGUUCCCUUGCUCCCUAGAAAUUCCUGGGAGACUUUCUCAUGUGCUUGACAUGGGCCACCUUUUACUCCUCCGUAACACGUAGUGACUGGAAUUCACAGGUAGCAAUAACAAGCCUUGGCCAAUUUUAUCUAUAUAAUCAAUCUUUUCAGUGACUGCAAUAUAUUUUAAUUGUAUAGCAAAUAUCAACAAACUUUUUAUUAUUAUUAUUUAUUUUAAAGGCAAACCGACGCAUUUCCGCCAAGUCAGAAUAAGAGCUCCUGAUUCUGCUCGUGAACGUAAGUUUGUGUGUUAUUAACUUCAGCCUUACACGUUUGCUUUAAUUUCAGAUGUAUGUAAACACUUUGUCAACUUUUAUACUGGCCAUUAGAAUACCAUUAAAGUGAAUUGUUUAAACAUCAAUAUUUUAUUAAGAUUUCACCUAGUUUUGUGGCUUGGUUAAUUCAACGUGGGAAUAUCCCCCUGAGAAUUUUUCGGACAUUUUGUGACUUCGCUUGUUUCUAGGGUCGGGAGUUUAUUUCCACUCCUUUGCGUCCUCCCCGGCAUGGUUGGAAAUUUGUACUGGCAUUCAAUGUUCAGUGUUAUUAGUUUAUUGUACUGUAACGUUCACUGCAAUAUGUACAACAAAUAAUUUACAGUGUUCAUUAACUGCUAAAAAAGGUUUUGAAGUUGCUCUUUUUCUCGACUUUGACAAAUGGUCAAAUUAUAAUAUUUAUUUGCAUUGCUAUGUAUAGCACUUUUGUUAGUUAAAUCGUCUCGAAUGCAGUGUUGAAUUCGAACCCAUUCAGAUCUUAGGGUUAUAUAUUGAAUUGUUAUGUACAUUAAGUACACCGAGGAUGGUUCUUUUGUUUCUGUACCUGUAUUUGGACCCCUUGCGAUUCUGUACCUGUAUUUGGACCCCAUAGUGGAUUCUUGCUCAUUCUCACUGCCCAACAAAUGUCCCAGGAGGAAAUGGACACGCAUGAUUCCAGGCAUAUUCACGAUUCCACUUAGGGAGCCAUUUAUCAGAACACGAAUAACCUCAUAGGAAAACAAAUACUACAAAACACUGAAAUACUGUAUAAUCUUGACAGGAAAAGUUGGUUCACGCGAUAGUCGGUCAACCCAAAAACAAGAAUCAAAAGGCUUUGUUUCCACUUUGCAAGAAAUGUUACCGCGGUGGUUUACAGGAAACGCGGAAGACAGUUCCAGAGGGAACAAGCGAAGACACCGUCCUAAUACCACGUCACAGUCACAGAACGGAGAUGUAAAAGAAAGAAGACGCCGCCGACAAUCGAGAAGAAGAGGCGAUGUGCUGGAAAACAGACGGGAAGAGAGAUAUCAGUCUCAAGAGACCGAGUUAAGAAGACGGGGACGGCGAAAAAGCAGGAAAAAGGAAAAUGUUCUUGAAGGUUAUCCAAAUCCAGGUUAUGAUCCUAAUCUGGCGUGGGAUACAGUCAGUAUUGACAGCUCACCGGUAUGAACGUGCUUAAAUAAUGUACGAUGUAUGUAGUCACAUUUUAAAAUUGUAUAUAUAUUUACUGUACGUUACAUCAGCAUACUAGGACUUUAUCAUGCAUGAUAGUUACAACGUAUAAAAUACAAAACAAGUAAAACUUCAAAAAUCGAUAACAUUUUUAUUUAUCUACGUUUCGACUGUAUUUCAGUCAUGAUCAGGAUAAACUGAUGAUGACUGAAAUAUAGUCGAAACGUAGAUAAAUAAAAAUGUUAUCAAUUUUUGGAGUUUCACUUGUUUGGUAUUUGUUAAAAUACUCAGUGGUUCUAAAAAAUUUUAUAACGUAUAUCACGCAAAUCAUAUACUGUACCUAUGUAGAUAGACCGUCAAAUCUAUAAUUUGGGAUCCACUUGAUAUUGCCAAGACUCUGCUGAAGAUUUUAAAGUAUUUGCAGUCAACUAAAACUUCGUAUUAAGAAAUGCACGCGUUAAUUAUAGAAUAUGUCACACAAAUAAUGAUAAUGCUUUUGAAAAUGAAAUCCACGGUAUGGAAUAGGUUUGCGAGCUAACUCCAUUGCGUUAAUUUGUAAGUCUAACUAUAUGAAUGUCAAAUCUGGGUUAUAUCAUGUUAAUCCAAUGCUCUGAUUAUAUAUUUUCAGUUGUCGUGAUCCACUUGAUACCGACUUUCAUCAUUGGACUUAUCAAUAAUUAAUCAGCUGAAAGUUUACAAUAUAUAUAUAACGCUUGUUUGCCAUGCACUAAAAGCGCAUGUGCUGAUUCUGUAC